AUGCACUUCCUCCUGAACCGCGCCCGCUUCUCCUCUUCAUCCUCAUCCUCAUCCUUCUCCUCCAAGCUGCUCCUCCGCACCCUCACAACCGCUACAACCACAACCACAACCACAACCACGAUAAAACACCCCGCAGCAAGAAUGGCACCUGUAACCCCAAAGCCCCCAAUCGUCAUCUCCGGCCCCUCCGGCACCGGGAAAUCAACCCUCCUCAAGCGCCUCUUUGCCGCACACCCAGGCACUUUUGGAUUCUCUGUCUCUCACACGACCCGCCUCCCCCGCGCCGGCGAGGCCGACGGCGUCGAGUACCACUUCACCACGCGCGAGGCCUUCGAGGCCCUCGUGGCCGAGGGCGCCUUCAUCGAGCACGCACAGUUCUCGGGCAACUGCUAUGGCACGAGUGUUGAAGCCGUCAAGGACGUGGCUGCCAAGGGGCUGGUGUGUAUUUUGGACAUUGAGAUGGAGGGCGUAAAACAAGUCAAAAAGACCGACCUCAACGCAAAGUUCAUCUUCCUCAAGCCUCCCAGCAUGGAAGCGCUCAAAGCGCGCCUCGAGGGCCGCGGCACCGAGACGCCCGACUCGCUGCAGAAGCGCCUCACGCAGGCGCAGAAGGAGCUCGAGUAUGCGGCCGAGCCGGGGGCCCACGACAAGAUCAUUGUUAAUGACGAUCUGGAGGCGGCGUAUAAGGAGCUGGAUGAGUAUAUUACUGCGUUGUUGUGA